AUGUCUGAUAAGGGUCCUGUAUUAACGUCAGAAAAAGACGUCCAAAAGGCAUCGCCUGAUGUCAAAUGCUUUGUGGUGUCAGACGCUGCUGGACAAGGUGUGACCAUCACUGGAGAGAAUACCUACAACAACUGGGACUGGACCAAUUCAGUUGUCUUUGCUGCCACUAUUGUCACUACCAUAGGUUAUGGUAAUGUUGCCCCAAAGACGGCUGGCGGCCGUAUAUUCUGCAUCCUGUAUGGCCUGUGUGGGAUCCCUCUCUGCCUCACCUGGAUUAGUGAGCUGGGCUCGUUCUUCGGAGACAGAGCCAAGCGCCUGGGACAGGUCCUGGUACUCAAAGGCCUUAGUGUGAAAAAGGUCCAGUUGAUCUGCACGGCCAUCUUCCUCCUGUGGGGUCUGCUGGUACACCUGGUGAUCCCCCCGUUUGUGUUCAUGUCCCUGGAGGGAUGGUCGUACCUGGAGGGCUUCUACUUCUCCUUCAUCACCCUCACCACUGUCGGCUUCGGGGACUACGUCGCAGGUAUCAAUCCAAACAUAGACUACCCAAGGCUGUACCGGGUGUUUGCAGAGGUGUGGAUCUACAUGGGUCUGGCCUGGCUGUCUCUUUUCUUCAGCUGGAACGUCCACAUGGUGGUGUCGGCUCACAAGGUCCUGAAGAAGAGAAGGCAGAGACACAGGAUGGACCACCUGGACCAUCGAUGGCAGCUCGAGAAGGACGACAUCCGCAGCCCUCGCCGCCUCCCCACCGCCGUCGACAUCUUCAACUUCCUGUCUGAGAAGCAUGAGGACUACAGCACCGCCAUCAGGCAGAUUGGCGCUGCCGCGAAGCCGAAGCCGAAGAUGGAAUUCAAGGAGUUGAGUCGUUCAAAGAGCUGUAGUGACAUCCUGGGGACGAAUAUCCAAACCCUGGAGCAUUCCCCACGCCGCCUGAGGCGCCACCUCAGCAUCAGUCACAAUAUGUUACUAAGCAGCUUUGGGAUGGGAGAGGAGGGGCAGAGGCUUAUCGAGGAUGACCCUGUCUUUAUGAAAGACCCUGGGUUUGAGGAGAACUGUCUGGAUAGGGACACUAGAGUGAAGGCUGUUUAUGUGUCCAACUCAAAAGAGAACCUAAACCCUGCCGAUCUAGGUCCUAACAUCAACAAAGAGGAGAAUGUUCAGAAUCAAGAUGGUGGAGAGAAUAGGUUUACUGUAUCAAAGGUAGUGGAGGGGGAUUCGGGAGAGGAGAAUGAUGAGAAAGGCUGAAGCCUUGGAUCCAUCCUCUUCAUGGAGAACUGAAUGAUGUAAUCAAAAGGGGACUAUCGCUCUCUCCUAGAAGUUUGGUUGGUGCGUAAAACCUGUGAAUUCAGAUAAAUAAAAAGGUAUGAUGGGUCUGUGAUGGGUCCGCGGAUCAUCAACACUUUUUAUUUAUCACCCCAUCACACCUUUUAAUUUAUCAUCCCCCAUCACACCUUUUAAUUUAUCAUCCCCCAUCACACCUUUUAAUUUAUCACCCAUCACACCUUUUAAUUUAUCACCCCAUCACACCUUUUCAUUUAUCACCCCCAUCACACCUUUUAAUUUAUCAUCCCUCAUCACACCUUUUAAUUUAUCAUCCCUCAUCACACCUUUUAAUUUAUCAUCCCCCAUCACACCUUUUAAUUUAUCACCCAUCACACCUUUUAAUUUAUCACCCCAUCACACCUUUUUAUUUAUCAUCCCCCAUCACACCUUUUAAUUUAUCACCCCAUCACACCUUUUUAUUUAUCACCCCCCAUCACACCUUUUAAUUUAUCACCCCCAUCACACCUUUUAACUUAUCAUCCCCCAUUACACCUUUUAAUUUAUCACCCAUCACACCUUUUAAUUUAUCACCCCAUCACACCUUUUAAUUUAUCAUCCCCCAUCACACCUUUUAAUUUAUCACCCAUCACACCUUUUAAUUUAUCCCCCAUCACACCUUUUAAUUUAUCAUCCCCAUCACACCUUUUAAUUUAUCACCCAUCACACCUUUUAAUUUAUCCCCCAUCACACCUUUUAAUUUAUCAUCCUCAUCACACCUUUUAAUUUAUCACCCCAUCACACCUUUUAAUUUAUCACCCCAUCACACCUUUUAAUGUAUCACCCCAUCACACCUUUUUAUUUAUCACCCCAUCACACCUUUUUAUUUAUCACCCCAUCACACCUUUUUAUCCAUCUGAACUGAAUGAUGUAGAAGCAUCAUAACAAGGUCCUGGGACAACCAGAGACUAUGGCAGAGUUAGGAUUGGUCACAUUCCCCUGUGGUGAGGAGUGGAAACACAUUUUCAACGGUUUUCCUUAACAUCGUGAUCAGUGAAAUGUAUGACCCAAGAUUAUCAAGACCUAAGAUCAUGAACACAGUCUGGACAACUUCCUGUCUUCUCUGUUAUCUUUAUCUCGAUGUUAAACACACAUUUUGGUCUGUGGGAAAAGUAAAAGAAGGAAAAUAUAGCAAACAAUGGACUCCUUAGAGCUGCCAGUGUGAUUUACCUGACUCUAAAAUGAGAAACUGAAAGCAAUGUAGUUUGUCUAUUGUUACAAACUGCGUUCAGAAAUAAAGUUUACAUGAGUUUCUA